AUGAUAAAAAAUAAAUUGCUGCCGUUAGUUACAUUAAAUCGUAGAUGUCUGUCGUUGAGCAAUAGUUUACAACAUAAAGCCGCAUACGAGGGUGAAGGCAAAACAACAGUUCGUGUUAUAAACCAGGAAACGGAUUUGGGAUUAAUGAUUGAUUCCUAUGGAACUGUGCUAGGUCUCGAGACGGAUGAUAGGAAUGUAAUGCAAACAGUGUUUAAAGCGACUCGGGAAUUGAAAUUGAAUGUUGAGUUACAAACGGUAGAGCAUGCAUGUUCUACAUUUAAUUUUCUUAAUUCUGAGGGAAGGUCAGUGGCCGGAGCAUUAAUACCGCCUUUACAUCUGGAUAUCAAUGAAAACGACAUGUUGCAAUCAAAACUGCACUACGAAAACUUGUAUAAUAAAGAAAUUAAAUAG